AUGGCAAAUCUAAAAGAUUACCGACUUCUCUCCUUCGACGUCUAUGGCACUUUGAUAGAUUAUGAAACUGGUAUACUAUCAGCUCUGGAGCCUUUCCUCGCUUCCAAUAAUCGCACAGACAUUCCCCGCCUUAAGGUGCUAGAGGUCUACCAUGAGUGCGAAGUUAAGCAGCAACAGGAGACCCCUAAUAUGCCGUAUUCUCAGCUCCUCUCUACUAUACACCAUCAACUCGCCACUAAGCUAGGCCUGGCACCACCAACAGCCGAAGAGUCACGAGCUUUCGGCAAUUCGGUAGCUGACUGGCCAGCUUUCCCGGAUACUGUUGAUGCGCUUCGUCGACUAUCCAAACAGUACAAACUGGUAGUCCUCUCUAAUAUCGACCGUGUCUCCUUUGGUCUAACUAACUCCGGCCCGUUGCAUGGAUUUCCUUUUGAUCUCAUCAUCACGGCUCAGGACAUCGGCUCAUAUAAGCCAAACCCUCAGAAUUUCGAGUAUAUGCUCAAAGAAGUCAAGGAAAAGUUCGGGGUCGAUAAAGAGCAAGUCAUACAGACGGCACAGAGCCAGUUCCACGACCAUCACCCCGCACGGGCCAUGGGAAUAAAAUCGGCUUGGAUUGUGAGACCGGGUGCCGUUAUGGGCAAUAGGGAGAAGGAAAUCUAUGACUGGAAGUUCAACACAUUAGGAGAUAUGGCUGAUGCACUUGAAUCCGAAAUAAGUGCUUCAUAA